CCAAUUUCGCUCGUUUGUUCUGAACGUUCAUAGUUUCUCUGCUUUUUCCUGAAAAACUUCCAAAUGGCCCGGCCAAAAUACUUCACGCCGAAUGAAGUUUGUAUUCAUAAUACCAUAGACGACAUCUGGGUGUCGUUCCUCGGUAAAGUGUACGAUCUGACGCCACUUUGUUCGAGAUUCAAAGGUGAUGUUUUACUAAAACCUAUCAUUGCGUCAGCUGGAAAAGAUAUAUCACACUGGUUUGAUGCUAAGACGAAAGAUAUUCGAACGCAUGUUGAUCCUGUGACAGGCUGUGUCAUUCCAUACACCCCUCAUGGUCGGUUUGUUCACAUCCCACCACCCUGCCCCAAUGCUGACUGGGCUAAUGACUUUGGACGACCAUGGUGGAAGGAUGACUCCUAUUGUGUAGGAAUUCUGUCAAAGAAGACGAGGUUUAUUAAAAUCUGCAACACGCUUACAUCACAGGAGCAAGUUAUUGAGGUCUGCUCUGAACAGAAUAUUGAUGAAAUCCUCCAAAAGUUUAUCAAGUACAAUGCACAUGCUGCCAGCUAUACGUGGAAAUAUGACAGUAAUGUACUGGAUAUGGAGAAAACACUUCAAGAUAAUGGGAUACCCGAUGAAGAUGAGGAGUUUUAUGAGCUCAGUAUGGAUGACAGCACAUACAGGCAAACUAUUCACCUCUAUUUCAAUGACGAUUUGACGGAGGCUUAGGAAGGGUUACUCAGAUGAGAGUAGAAUUAACUAAAAAUGUUCAAUGUGAUACCUCACAUUAAAUGUAAAAGAAAACUCAGAAAAUUGUGGCACAAAUUACAGGUCACAGAAGUAGACUAUUUCCUAAAUUCUUUACAACUCAAUAAGCAAUAAGUUCACCAAUUCUUUAUUGCAUGUUUUAAUUUUUUCAAAUUUGUUUUUCUAUGAGAACUAAAAUUUCAGUUUUGGAGAUAUUGUUUGCUUUGGUACAAUUCAAAUUAAAUAAACACUUUUACCAGUUUUGUAGCAAAGUAUUAUCUUACAAAAUUAAGGUUUAUCUAGUGUUUGGGUAUAAACUUCCAUCACUUGUUUAUCGAAGCAGUAUCUACCAUAUUUAUAAAUUGUCAAAACACUUAGAUGAGUCAGGACAUUCCUUUUUUUAUUCUUGUAUACAAUGUACAUGUAUGCAUAAUGAUUCUCAGCUUGGCCACAAGGGGACCACUUACUUUAAAAAGAGUCAGUGGACAGCAUUUGAAAUCAGGCUAAAUACAGUUACCUGUGAGACACCAGCGAGAUCAAUCAAAAUUAACCAAGUUUUUGAGAUGUUGGCGAAUGGUGACUUGAUGUAACGUUUUUAUUUCCCAUAAUUCUCAAAUUUAACAUACCUCCUGUGAUUUCUUUAAAAGGCAGUUCAUAUUCUGAUAUUCUGAUGGUCAUUGGAACAAGUAAAAUUUCUGUUCACAAAAGAUUUAAAAAAUACCGAAAGACAGUCCAGUAUUUUGAAGGCAUUUUUAUAUCAAAUUAUCAAGACAGCGAUUUUACAUCGCUGGAAAUAAAGCAGAUAGAGGUUUCUUAACGAAGCUCCCUGGAGUUGUUGAAUAUGACCGUACAUUUGGGAAAACUAACAUACCGUUGUCCUCAAACUAUUUCUAGCAUCUGAAUGUAACAGCUCGUUUAUUUGACGACACAUGAACGACUUGAAAAGAAGCUGUUGGGGUAAUAACCUUUUUAACAAUUCGGCCGUGGAAUUUUCUUAUUGUCAUAUGGAUAGACCUCAUCCAGUGGCAAGAAAUAAGCAUGAGUUUUACCAGUUCCAACUAUAGAGGAGGUCCCAAAAAGAAUUGAAUCAGUGAAUACGAUUUCAGGGUAGAAGUCUUUCAAAACAAAAGAUUAAAAAGAUUAAAGGCCCACAGUAGGCAUGAAUAGCAGUGAUAGAGGCAGACAUACACCUGUACUGUGUAUUCAAAAAAUUGGGGUUUCAAUUUGACCAACAUUUCCAGCGCACAGAGUUCAAACCCUACAUCCUGUACAAAGCCAAAGGUGACACCUUUUGCCAUGACGGGUUGUUAAAGAACUUGGUCAUAUUGUCUAUCUUUUCACCUAGUUUCCGGAGCAUAUAUCUGUAACCAUGCAUUGACGCUAGACAAUUGGGUGGUAUGAAGGUCAUGGACUACAUCGCAUAUUCAAGGUCGUAGAGGUCAUAAUAUAAAAUGCCUCCAUAACUUUUGAUGCUUGAAUUUUCAUCAUUGAGUUUAAUGAUGGUCUAAUACAAUGCCAUUGUGUACUUUGGUACUUUUGCUCAAUAACCAAAUACAUCAAGUUUUCACGCAAACCACUUUCACUAAGUGGUAUCUCAUGAAUGCUGCACAUGGUUCACUAAGUACCGCUAAUCAUUUUCUCCAAAAUAUCCAAUUUUUCCCAAAAUUUGUUGAUCAGCAACUAACUUGAAUAUUUGUAUUCCGGUAUUUUCAAGUAAUGUAAAUGUUGUUCUUGAAGGGACAACUUGGGCAUGUGAUAUGUUGGUUUUUCACACAAAAACGGCUUGUUGUCAAGCAGGGAUAUUAUCCUCCUGGUUAGGUAAAUCCCACCCCCAAGUUUCUUUAAAAUCAAGAACUAAGUGAAAAUAUUCCAACUGGGCAAUUCUGCGAAUUUUGUCUAAUAGUGAGUGUAUCAAAGUUUUUACCAAGUCCUGUCACCAAAUCCUGGUCACACCCAAUCUUGUCGCAGCGCAAAAAGCACUUGAAUGCAAGAUCUUAUACCAUUAUUGCAUAAAGCAUUAGCUAAUGAAAAAAGGAGUCUGAUAUUUUUGGAUCGGACACAAUCCGACCAAAAAUAUAUUGAUCAACCGAUGAAGACUUCAUAGUUGGACAAUACUUGGCACCUGGAUAACUGUUCUCUUACACAGUAAGGGGCCCCCUAUGUACCAUGUAAGGGACCAAUCAUGUACACGAUAAGGGGAAGGCAUUUUAGAAUUUUAGGCCCAUUUUGCCUACACAAGUGUUUUCGUGGGGAAUUUUCAGUUUUCCUGUGCUAAGCAAACAUGUAAUGCAAGAAGUUGACACGUCUUCGUAUUAAGGGAGUGUUGAUGUCGAAAAAUGGGGUAAAAAUAUAAUACCUGAAAGUGAAAGUUGUUUCAGAUUCAGCUGUAUAGGAAGUGUACGCACUGUUUGUAUUGUAAUUAAAAGAUAAAUUUAA